AUGCUAAAGGCGGUAAUACUUAUUGGCGGACCACAAAAAGGAACUCGCUUUCGGCCACUGUCACUGGACACCCCCAAGCCCCUAUUUCCAGUAGCGGGUUUACCAUUGAUUCAGCAUCAUAUUGCAGCAUGUGCUAAACUAGAGGAAUGUAAGGAAAUAUUGAUAAUUGGGUCCUACCCGACUACUGUUAUGACCCAAUUUGUUAGUGAUAUGCAGAAAGAAUAUCGCUUGAUUAUAAGAUACCUUUAUGAAUUUAUGCCACUGGGCACAGGAGGUGGUUUGUACCAUUUUAGGGACCAAGUAAGGGCUGGAAAUCCCACUGGCUUUUUCCUAUUAAAUGGUGAUGUGUGUGCAGAUUUUCCUUUGAAAAAGUUGUGGAAGUUCCAUGACGAAAAGCCUGAUGGUUUGGUCACAAUAAUGGGCACAGAAGCCACAAGACAACAGUCUGUAUAUUAUGGAUGUAUGGUCAGAGAAACAAGCACAAAUGCUGUAACACAUUAUGUAGAGAAGCCUAACAGUUAUGUUUCAACAUUAAUAAAUUGUGGAGUCUAUGUGUGCUCAUUACAAGUGUUCCAAGUAAUGGCUGAAGCAUUUCAGAGUAAACAGGAUAGAUUUUAUAGUGCCAAUGGCCAUGGAGGUCCUGAAUACAUGUCAUGGGAACAAGACGUGCUGUCUCAACUUGCAGGCACUCACAAAUUGUACGCACUACAGGUUACAAAUUGGUGGUCUCAAGUGAAGACGGCUGGUUCAGCGAUAUACGCAAAUAGGCACUAUCUAGAAUUACAUCAAAAUAAGUCGAUCGAUGCGCCGUGUAAGAUACUGCCUGAUGUGUUCAUACACCCCACUGCCAUUGUUCAUAAUACUGCUGUAAUAGGACCCAAUGUAUCUAUCGGCGCAGGAGUGACGAUAAAGGCCGGUGUGAGGAUCAAAGAGUCAAUAGUACUUAACAACGCGACUGUACAUGAACAUUCGCUUGUUAUGUAUUCUGUCGUGGGUCAAGAUUCGUCUGUUGGGGAAUGGUCCAGGGUCGAAGGGACCCCAUCGGAUCCUGAUCCUAAUAAACCCUUCGCGAAAAUGGAUAACACACCCCUUUUCAAUAACGAUGGACGUCUUAAUCCUUCUGUCACUAUACUAGGUGCAGGAGUAACAGUUCCAGCAGAGAGGAUUCUCCUGAACUCAAUAGUUUUACCACACAAACAGCUUAAUCGCAGUUAUAAGAACGAAAUAAUAUUAUAG